AUGGUCAACUGUGCUGCAUUUGGUUGCAACAACAAGGCAGGAAAGGGUAGUGGGCUUAGUUUUUUCCACUUUCCAAAAGAUUCUAAUUUGAGGAAGCAGUGGAUUUAUUACUGCAGAAGGAAGGAUUUUACACCUGGAGAUGGACAUAGACUGUGCUCAGUACACUUUUCAAACAAGUGUUAUGAUCAGGAUCCUGAGAUGCUGAGUACUCUAGGCCUAGAGUACAGCUUUAGGAAACGUUUAAAACCUGAUGCUGUGCCAGAUAUACCACUUUUGUUUGUUGAAGAACAAGGCAAUUCAGAAAAACCUAGUAAAGUGCGAGGAGCAUAUGCAAAACGGCAGCGAGCAGAGAACCCUCCAAAGAAACUAGAAACAAAAAAGUUCAGGUUGAUAUUCACCCUCCUCAACGAACAAGGUCCAAUCAGACAGAUGAGCGAAUAG